UGGUGGCGUUCACACUAGCUCAGCACCGCGUCUUCGCGCAGUGCAGCCUCGUCCUUACAUGCCUGCAUUUCGUGCAUAUCUGUUUGCACCCGAGGCUCGAGAAUGGCUGGACACCAUGGUCUGGUCUUCCGCACAACCCCACAGCGUGGCGGACAUGGUCGACAAAGUUUUUGGCAAUGCCAAAAGCAAGCUCGUCAGGCCGCAGUCUACGUUGUUGCGUUGACGACGAUGAAAAUGCUUGUUGUAGGGUUGUUUACAGUGUGGCCAGGGAUAUCGAAAGUGGGGGAUUGGUUGCUCAGUUGGACCGCUAUCGGUAACGGCGAUGCCUUUCAAAUUAUAUUCGUCAUGGGUCUCUUCCCUAUCAUCAUGAACAUCCUUCAAUUCUGGCUCAUUGAUUCCAUCGUUAAAGCUUCUUCAAGCUCAGUCAAAUUUCUCACCAAUUCAUCCCGUAUGUCUGAUGUGUAUGAUCCAGAACCGCUCUUUCGUGCGCCAGAAGACGAGGAUGAUGCUCAUUGCGAUAUAGAGAAUCCUCGACUCCCUUGCAUAAAAAUGACAACUGGAGAUGACGCAGAGACGAUGAUUGCAUCUGAAGAGUCCAAGGGAAAAUACAGCGGAACUGCCUCUCCAUUAUCGAUACCACACUCCACGUCUUCUCUGGUGCCGCACGAUUAUCCUCCAAGCGUUGGAAGUUUGUCGUCCCAGAGCUCCCGCUCUCGGCACAAGUACAAGCGUUCUGCGCCAUCUCCAC